CUGUGGCAAAAAAUGACAUCCAAUUGGCAGAAAAUUCCAGUGAAAUAAACAAUGCAAGCAUAAAUAAAAAUUUAUAGUACCAAAUACCUAUGAAAAAGUAAAAAAAUAAGAGUUUCGAGAUCAAUACAAUAUUCAGAAUGUUACGGCACGUUGGUUACUUCAACCGGUGUCUGAAACCCGUGGAAAUGCUGGGACCACAAUUUCUUAAAAAGAAGAAAAUAAAAGAACAAUCUUCUAGAGGAUACCAGAACUUCGUGCAGUCGAAUGCUUUAGCACAGAUUGAAAAGGAAUGCGAGAAGUACUGCCCCGUGCCUCGGUUCCCGCCGCGGAAGGUAACAGUGGUAGGCGCUGGCAGCGACGUGGGCCGCAUCGCCUGCUUAUUUCUGAAGCAGCAGAAAGUGAUCCGCAUCCUGUCCAUGUACGAUGAGUUCCCACAGCGAGGAGUGCUCGGUGUGGCCAACGACCUCGCACACAUCGACACUAGCACCGAGGUGGAAGCCUACCAGGGCCGCUUGUUCCUCAAGGAGGCACUGCAUGAUGCUGACGUUGUGCUGAUCUGUGGCGGAGCGUACCUGAUGCCGCCAUGUUGCAACAUGCUGGACCGGCAGCUGUUCUUCCACAACCUGCAACAUGUCCGCUCGACCACCAUAGCCACCGCAAAGUUUGCCCCACACGCCAUCAUCGCGGUACAAACGCCACCUGUCGACUGCAACUUUGCGCUGUGCAUACAUACCCUAAUGCGGGCACAUGCGUACGACAAGCGUCGCGUGCUGGGUGUGAAUGCGAUCAAUGCGAUGCGCGCCAACCAGCUGUUCUGUUCCGUCACCGGAGCUGACCCCAGCAAGAGUAGUCUGCCAGUAGUCUGUGGCACUGGUCGAUGUACCAGAGUCCCAGUAUUCUCUGCUGGAAAAGCUGACAACUUUCCACAAUCAAAGACGGCGUGCCUGACUCGACUGGUGCGUGAAGCUGACGAGCUCAUCUGCAAAGUGAAGAGUAACAACGAGCAAGGACAUCUGUCCAUCGGCUUCGCGACUGCCAGGUUUAUCGUCAAUCUUAUGAAAGGUAUUUUUGAGAAUCCAACGUUCAUAGACAGUGCGUUAGUGGAGCAAGGGAAUCCGAAAAAAUGCUACAACAUGAAGUACUGCGCCACACCAGUCACCGUCGGCAAGGGGGGCAUUACUGAAUACGCUAUACCCGAACUUAAUGGCAGCGAGAGGAAACUGUUGGAAGAAAGCAGGUGUGAUUUCGAAGACAUGUUGAACAUGGGUCGAUGUUACGCGACCGGUGACGAGGAGGAAUAUUGCCUUCCUCCCUGCAAAACGGAUUAUGUUUGUAAAGAUUGUAAAUUUUGUAAGCCCUGCAAGAAAAAGAGAAAAGGCUACUAGCAUUAACUAGGGCAAGACAGCCAUUCAUAAUUAAAUACAUUAACAUUAGAAUUACUCAGAUGACAAAUCGUAAUGUAUCAAUUAAAAUACUCUUGUUUUUAGUAUAAAAAUAUUAAAUUAUCUGUAUACAAUUAUCAGUUAUUGA